AUGAAUUUAAAUAUUGUUGAUUAUGAUGGACGUACAGCCCUCCAUUUAGCUGCUUCUGAAGGACAAACAGUUAUUUUAAGAUUUCUUUUACAAAUUGCAAAAGUUGACCAAACUAUUCGUGAUCGUUGGGGACGGACAGCUUUGGAUGAUGCUAGAACUUUUCAUCGAACAGCUUGUAUGGCUCUUUUAUUGAAAGCAGCACAGAGGAAACAACAAAAAACACAACAAUCAAAAAAUACUACUAAAGGGUUUAAAUUUUAA